UAAGGGGAGGCUAAGCACCCACAAUCCUUCACUUGACGUGUACAAGCGCCAUUUUGUGUACAUGUAGUUAUCAAACGACAUACAUCUAUUGUAAAGACCUUUCGAAAAGCUGCAGGAUCAAACACCACACUUUAUGAAGUAGUUAUCGUAGCCAUUUAUUUCAACUUCUUUGAGAGACAUUCGCAUUAGAAAGUAUGGCAGCUGUGUAUACUUGCCUGGCGAUAAUGGUUACUUUGGAAACCGUUUACAGCUUCUAUCUUCCUGGAUUAGCUCCAGUCACUUACUGCGAAGAAGCCCAAGUAAACUGUCCGUCUAGCAUUGCUGUUUAUGUGAAUCGCCUGAACUCCAUUGAAACUGUAAUCCCGUAUGAAUAUCACAGCUUUGAUUUCUGUACUGAUGUGGAUGAAACACAGUCUCCUGUUGAAAAUUUGGGUCAGGUGGUUUUCGGAGAGCGCAUUCGACCAUCAAAAUAUUCUUUGACAUUCAACAAGAAUGAGACAUGCAAAACCGCCUGUCAGAAGGUAUACAAGGAGGAAAAUAAAGAUGAUGUGAACAAACUCAAUUUUCUGAAGAAAGGCAUCAGUCUAAACUACCAGCAUCAUUGGAUUAUAGACAACAUGCCAUUGACCUGGUGCUAUCAGGUGGAGGGUGCACAAGUCUACUGCUCGCCAGGAUUCCCAGUGGGGUGCUAUGUCACAUCAGAGCAGAGACGAAAAGAUGCAUGUGUGAUUAAUUCUUUAUUUACGGAAAAGGAUACAUACUACCUGUUCAACCAUGUGGACUUGCUUAUCACCUACCAUCCUGGCUCUCUCGAGGAUUGGGGGUCCAAGCUAAAGGGUAUUUAUGGACGUAUAGUAUCGGCCAAAGUUGUACCUCGAAGCAUCAAACAUCCUACAAAGUCUGCAGAUACUGCAUGUGCUGCAAGUGCUCCAGUAUUGGGCUUGAAAGGCAGCACUCUGAAGGGUGAGCUGCGGUUUAACUACACAUACUCCGUUUACUGGACUCAAAAUAAUCAAAUACGCUGGUCUUCUCGUUGGGACUACAUCUUGGAAUCCAUGCCACACACCAACAUCCAAUGGUUCAGCAUCCUGAACUCUCUGGUGAUUGUUGUAUUUUUGUCUGGAAUGGUUGCAAUGAUCAUGUUGCGCACUCUUCAUAAGGACAUUGCCCGCUAUAAUCAGAUGGAUAGCACUGAUGAUGCACAGGAAGAAUUUGGAUGGAAGCUGGUACAUGGUGAUGUUUUUCGUCCUCCACGGAAAGGAAUGGUGCUGGCUGUUUUAGUUGGCUGUGGCUCUCAGAUUUUCUUCAUGACAUUAAUUACGCUGGUAUUUGCCUGCUUGGGUUUCCUGUCUCCUGCAAAUCGAGGUGCUCUAAUGACUUGUGCUUUGGUGCUGUAUGUCUGCUUGGGAACACCAUCUGGAUAUGUCUCAUCAAGACUCUAUAAAAUGUUUGGUGGGGAGAAAUGGAAGUCCAAUGUUCUGCUGACUGCUCUUCUCUGUCCUGGGGUUGUAUUUGGAGUGUUUUUUGUACUGAACCUGGUGUUGUGGAUCAAUGGAUCAAGUGCUGCCAUUCCUUUUACUACGUUACUGGCUCUCCUUGCCCUGUGGUUUGGCAUCUCGGUUCCAUUGACUUUCGUUGGUGCCUACUUUGGAUUUCGCAGAAGGCCCAUUGAACAUCCUGUGCGCACUAAUCAGAUUCCACGUCAGAUCCCUGAGCAGUCUCUGUAUACACGACCAGUCCCUGGUAUCAUCAUGGGGGGAGUUCUUCCUUUUGGAUGUAUCUUUAUUCAACUGUUUUUCAUUCUCACCAGCAUUUGGUCUCAUCAGAUGUACUACAUGUUUGGCUUCCUCUUCUUAGUGUUUAUUAUUCUUCUCAUCACUUGCUCAGAGGCAACUGUUCUGCUUUGCUACUUCCAUUUGUGUGCAGAGGAUUAUCAUUGGUGGUGGCGUUCCUUCCUUACCAGUGGUUUCACAGCUGUCUACUUGUUUAUUUACUGUAUUCACUUCUAUGCGACCAAGCUGGAGAUUCAGGGUGCUGCUAGCACCUUUUUGUAUUUCGGUUACACCUUUCUAAUAGUCUUUCUUUUUUUCCUUUUGACAGGAACAAUAGGCUUUUUUGCCUGCUUCUUCUUUGUCACAAAGAUCUACAGUGUUGUCAAAGUGGACUAAGCUGCUAACAUUAGGAAGGCAGCGUAUGCAGUGGCUACUACUGAAAAGAAAGGAUACUAAAUGAAAUGUAUAUGAUAAAAUGCAUAUCGCAUAUAGAUGCCUGACUGUGACAUGAGGGAACUGUAAUAAGGGAUCAAAAGAUUUCUCAUCAGUAAUUUACAAAUUAUAAAUCUAACUGCGGUUAGAUCAUAUAUGUCAUUACUGGAGAAAAGCUUUGUCAUGUAGCAAGUUUUUUCUUAUAUAUUUCUACCAUUCUUUUGUUGGGCUUGACAUUUUUACAGUUUAAUCUCUAACAUUAGCAGUUUGGCACCUGUAUAUAGAGUGUUACAAUUUCUGUAAGUUUAGUAUCCAAAAUAUAGACACAGAAAACACAGUACAAAGAUUAAAAUAUGCAGCAGACAACUGUAAUUGCGGCCCUAUGCUCCUGGAGGAGAAACAAGGACUUAACUAACUGCAAUUAACCAACCAGAAAUUUUAACUGCAGAAGUAAGUAAAACUGCUUGCACGCUUUCAGUCACAUUAUUUCUUUUGGGAGACCUUCGGACCUUUGUGUGCUUCUUCUGGACUCCAGCACAAAGAGCAUUCCUCUUUAAGGACUAGUUGGCACAUAUUUUUCUUACAAUGAUUAAAUAAAGCCUAGUGCCUAGUGCAUCACAAAUCUGGGUGAGCACCAUCCACACCACCACUAUUCCUGAUAUGCUUAAAAACACAUCACAAUGCACAAAAAAGAGGUCAACAACAUAUAAGAUCAGGAAAGUGUAUGAAUAUUUUUGUAUUAAAAGUCGCAGCUAAUGCAAGAGCAUAUUGUGACAUUACAGUUUUUACUUAUACAUGACUACAUAUGAAGUCUUAUAUCUUGAGAAAAGAAUUUGGGUAGUCAUCCAGAUCUGGCAAAAUAGUAUUUUGAACUGAGGAUUACGCAGUCAUGUAUUCCAGUACAUUAAGGCAUGAGCAAAACAAAGCAUAGAGACCACACAUACUUUCAUCUGUGCAUGUAUAGUCAUCACUUGUGCCUGAAUACUACUAAGGAAAAUGUGUCAUAAGGCAAAAAUGUGCACCACAGUAAGUUUUAUAAUGGAGAUCUUCCAGGUCUCAAUUCAGUUACAUGUUGGGUGCAUAGAAUUUUUUUACAGUAAAGUUUCUCCCAAUAAUCAUUUUUCAUAUGCCUAAUAUUUAAUUUCGAUUUUUCUGUCAUUUGCAACAAAAAAAAUGUUGAGCUUAUUUGAUAUGUUAUUUGUACGCACACACUUUUCAACAUUAACAUUUACCAUUUGUAACAGGUGGCCCUGGUUUACAUUUAAUAGAAUGCACCAGUUCACUGUUACUCACAUUUCAUAAAUGUUUGAAGAAAGUUUUGCCCUUUAUGCAAGCCACAUCUCCAGAAAGAUAACCAGUGGUGUUUGAUUUUGGCUGUUGACAUUUAAAUGUUGACAUUUACAAAUACACCAGUUGAUAUUUUCAUGUUGGCAAUUUCAGAAAGUUUAUUGUUGGAGGCAGGAACAUUGAGUAAUGAAUAUUGUUUUGUUCUAUGACUAGGUUGCUUGAGUGGUCACAUCUCUUCCUCACAAAUUUUCUGCAUGGUCCAUUUAGCCUUUGAAAUUUACAGACACUCAUAUGAAGAAAGUAUGCUGUCUUUUCUUCUUUACUUCAGAGGAAAAACUCACCAAUUUAAGGCUUACCCAGGCAUUUGAUAGGAAAGUUUUCCCUAUCCAACUAGCAUACAGAUAUCGGAUUUAUCAUUAAAGAUAAAAGCUAGUAGAAGGUAAUUGGGCUUUGCCUUCUUGCCUUCUUCAUGGCAUGCCUCUGACGUGGUAAACCACUUACAGCUUACUGACCUUACAACCAUUUGCUUUUACCGUUUUCCUUAAUAUAAAGAAGGAUUAAGACCUCAUGCACCCUAGUUCAAUGGUAUUCUGUUGCUGGGGAUUUUCAUAACAAAUACUUGUCAAAUCCAGAUACAUAUUUACUCUUUAUUUUCUAGUAAAAACUAUGAUUACACCCCCAUUGUAAAUAUUUGGAUUAGUAUCAAGCCCUGGACGUUUGUGGAUGAUAUUUCUAAAGUAUUGUAAUAUUUAGCCUUUGAGGUGUAUAAUUUUUCAUUUUGCCAACUUAAGUGUUACAUAUUUUUUUAAUUAUCAAAUAUUCAUUAAGUGAAAUGUAUAAAGGAGGGAAGUAAGAAACAUUGGAGGUAAGUAAAUUAUGGGGGAAUGCUUGUUGAUGUCUGCGCUGUGUUAAUAAGAGGGAAAUUUCUCUUUCAAGGGUGCAACGGAGGGACGGAUAGCUGAAAUUUUAACUUACUGUGGACUGCAGUGGGGCUUCAUAGCCCUGUCAGAUGCUUUUUAUUGCCAUUGGAUAUGUGCGCUCUGUGAUUAGCUUUCUGCAUAUCCAGAAUGUUAAUUUCAGAUUUACGUUUUUGGUUUUUGUGUUUGUAAGCAUGCAUAUAUGCAAAUACAUCCCUGCGUACAAAUUGUAGAGGAAGACAAGUAAAUUUUGCUUUGCUGUUCUAUAGUUCUUUUGUUCACUUUAUUUAGUGUUCUGUAGGGUAUACAGACUUGUGAAUGCAAGGGGAUAUCCACUGUUAAAAAUUCACAAACAUUCCCUUUUGGGGACCAGCUUCUAUGCUGCCAGUUAUGACUCGUUACCAGUGAAAUAGUAUUGAGGAUGUUAAUCACAGUUUGUGUUCUGUUUUUUCAGGAAAUAAUUGUUCAUAUGAAAUUCUAAAAUCUUUAUAUUUAGCAUGCCCUAAAUUCAAGACUGCAUGCAGUCCCAGACCAAUGGCUGUACAUGUAAAAUGACAUCAUUCAACAGUGCUUUGCUAUAUUUCAUAUUAUUUUCACAUUAAUAAAUUAUUGAAUUAUAAUGGAAAAUGUAUCAGUGAUGAUAAUCCUUCUAAACCUAAGAAGGAGCCCAGUGAACUUUAACUUUUGAAAUGAUACCAUGAUAUACAUAGCAGACUGACUAAAUGCAAUUUGUGAAGUGUGUGUCCCCUUCAAAGGUGGAGGUACAAUUAUAUAGCUCAAUAGUAUAACAGUGAAGCAAAAUAUUCAUUGAAUGCAUAUUAAAAUUUCCAGUAUUUCUACUGUGCUUGUGAUUGUAAAUGAAACUGUUGGCUUGUCAUAGAAAUGAACAAUCUUGAAGUAAAAAAGUGUGAACCUCUGACAAACCAAAAAAUAAACUACAUUCUUUAAACCA